AUGGCGGACACCGAGGUCCUUGUUAUUGGUGGUGGCAUAGCCGGAGCUUCCGCUGCCUGGCGCCUCGCCGAACUCGGAAGCAGCGUUACCCUCCUUGAGCGGGGCGACAUUGCAUCUGAGUCCUCCGGUGUCAACGCCGGUGGCAUCGGGGCACUGGGUUGGGGCCAUGUGCCCAACCUGCAGUCCUAUCUGACCAUGGGCAGCCUCCAGAUUUUCAAGCAUCUGCAGCUCGAACUGGGCUACGACAUAGAAUUCCGUGCCUCGGGCGCCCUCCAGGCCAUCCAGACAGCGGAGCAGUACGAAUACGCCCGGGACAACGUGCUUUCCCUCAAGUCCCAGGGUUACACCCUGGAACUGCUUACGGUUAAUGAGGCCCGCGGCCUGGAACCGGAACUGAACCCGGACUUGGUGGGCGUGGUGCACAUUCCCCUGCGGGCCCAGGCCGACCCAGUCAAGGCCACCCGAGCCUUUGCCGCCGCUGCCGAACAGUCCGGCGCCCAAGUGUUGACCGGCCGGGAGGUGACGGCAAUUACCUGCCAAGCCAACGGGGGCUUCCGUGUCGCCUGUUCCUCAGCCAGUUCCGGCGAAGUGCAUACGGCAAAGCAGCUUGUCCUGGCUGCCGGCGCCUGGUGCGGCACCCUGGGAGAGAUGCUGGGGCUGCGCAUUCCAAUUAUUCCGGUUCGAGGCCAGAUGUGGGCCUCCGAACCCCUGCCGCCAAGGGUUUUUCACUCCCUGUCAGCCGCCGAGUCGCCCCUGCACUGGACAGCCAGCCCGGGAAACGACGAAGGCAACGACGCCAGCACGCCACCGGAACUUACCCACCUUGGCAGUCGCCGCGUCACCAGGCACCUGUACGGACGCCAGACCAGGGACGGCGAACUUGUCUUUGGCGGCGACCGUCAGGUGGUUGGCUAUGACAAGACGGUUGAAGACGCAGGUAUCGAAGUGAAUUUCGGCCACGUCAGGGAGCUUCUGCCAAUGCUGGGCCAGCUAUCCAUCACCCGCACCUGGGCGGGCCUGAUGCCCUUCUCCCUGGACGGCAAGCCGGUCAUCGGCAAGAUACCCCAAAUGGAGAACCUCUACAUUGUCAGUGGCCUGGCUUCAUCAGGAUUCGGGCGCGGCCCCAUGGCCGGCAAGCUGAUCGCCGAUUAUAUUCAUACCGGCCACCGGCCCCAGGUGUUGGCGGAGUCGGACCCGGCCAGGUGUGUUUCCGUCCUUGACUGA